AUGAGCGACCAGAAUCAAUUGAGGGACUCAAGGUCAGGUCCUCCUCCACACAUCGAGAUACCUAACGAACCAAACGCCACGGAACGCCCGGUACGGUCCAAAUUGAGUCGGUUUUUGGGGAAGGUCACGAAUGGUGCGAUAAAAAAGAUUUCUCGCUCGAACUUGAAGGAUUCAUGCAGCCGCGACCCUGUUCCCCCGAUUGUCAUUGAGAUUCAGGAUGCUCCCCCUGGUGCAAAACAAGGCGCCGAUCCCCAAUCGGCACUUCGAGACACCAACGAUGCUGCCAAAGGCAUGAAUCUACUUUCAGGACGUGUGACAUCUGGACUUUCCACCGCACAAAAGGCAUCAACGGAUCUUGGGGAUGCAUGUAAAUUUGAGGACACAUAUCUUUGA